CCCGUUUCACAUGGUGCGAUUUUUCCGUGCGUUUUUCGCAGCUGCGUUUUUCGCAGAUGCGAAAUUCGCAAUCCCGUUUCACAUGGAUCCACGGCAGCUGCGUUUUUCGCAUACUCGUAGCACAGGGUUUGCAAACUCGUAUAUUGUUCGGCAUAUGCUUUAGCAACUUUUUUGCUAAAUUAACCACUCUGCAAUGUUUCUAAACUAUAUAUUUACACUACUGAAAGUAUCAUUACCAUGUUUAAUAAUAAAAAAAGAAAUAAGCAAAGUGAUUCAGCUGUAUUUAGCGGCAUUCUGACUGGCACGAAGGUACGGGCAACAUUGGCGAGUGCGCUUUUUGCGCGAGCGUAUCGUCUGCUACGCGCCAUUCGCGCCUGCAAGAUCGUAUCUAAAUGGCGCCCGUCAAUAAGAAGCUCCUGCUUCUUCAGAAAAAAAAACUUUACUUGCUGAAGAAGAAGGCACUCCUGCUACAACCAAACCCCCGUCGAUGGUGGGUGAGGCCGAGCUGGCAGAACAGAAAGACGGAGUCCGAGUUCUACACAACGACCCUCUUUCUGAUGACCCAUGAUCUGGAGGUGUUCCGAAAAUAUUAUCGGAUGACACCAGAGACAUUCGAAAAACUGCAUUCGUUGCUAGAAACAAGGAUUUCAAAGCAGUGGGUUUUACGGGAGCCCGUGCCCUCACGAUGCCGCCUUGCCAUCACAUUGAGAUACCUAGCAUCGGGGAUGCAAAUUCAAGAUGUUGCCAUGGCAUUUAAGGUAGGCAUAUCGACUACCAGUAACAUUGUGAAGGAAGUAUGUGCACUUCUGUGGGAUGUCCUUCGACCCAAGUGUAUGAAGUUCCCAGCAAACGUUGAGCAGUGGCAGGAUAUUGCCAAGGGCUUUGAGAGCAGGUGGGAUUUCCCACACUGCAUAGGUGAUGUGGAUGGGAAGCAUGUCCAAAUAGAAGCCCCUCCGCAUUCGGGAUCUCAAUAUUUUAAUUAUAAGGGCACCUACUCCAUCGUUCUAAUGGCUGUAGUGGACAGCCAGCUACGAUUUGUCUGCAUUGAUGUGGGCGCAUACGGAUCGCAGAGUGAUGGUGGUGUAUUCAAGGCAUCGAAGAUUGGGAAACUUCUCAGCCAAGGUGCUUUAAACCUGCCUCCUCCUCAGCUGCUCCCACUGUCCACUGCCGUAGCCCCUUAUGUCUUUGUCGGCGACGAGGCGUUCCAGUUGAGGCCUGACUUCCUGCGGCCGUACCCUGGCAGGUGCCUCGCAGAGGACCUGCGCCUCUUUAACUACCGCCUCAGCAGAGCAAGAAGAUGUGCCGAGAAUGCAUUUGGGGUGCUGUCAUCAAGGUUCAGGAUUUUUCGUCGACCGAUGAACCUUCUACCAGAAAAUGCCAGAAUGGUGACACUCGCAGCAAGUGCUCUGCACAAUUUCCUUCGUGAUGACGUGUCCUACAUUCCAGAAAGAUAUGUGGACGAGGUAGACACCUUCGGCAACCUUGUGGAAGGGCAGUGGCGCCAGGAAGCUGAGGAGAAUGCUUUCCUUAAUCUGCAGCAUCAUGGUGCACACAAUUACACAAAGUCUGCAGCCGAAACGCGGGAUGUGUUUCGCAACUAUUUUGUGCACGAAGGAGCUGUGCUGUGGCAACGUGAGCGCUGUGGCCUUCUACCAUAG